CUAUCAGCUGAUAGGACAAUGAACACAAGUGACGUCGUUACGCUCGUCAAGUGACGCCGUCGCUGAUGUUUUCUGUUUUUUGAGAAGCUGCUGCGUUUUAUUGCCUCACAUGAUCGCUAGAGGCCUUUUACGUCCAACCCUCGUCUGUUCCAAGUCUAUAAGAUGGAAAGUCAAGGACAAGCUUAGGUUUGACUUCUGUGAUCAACUAGAUUCAAGACCUAGUGGAUUGUGCAGUCGGAAUAGAAGCUUCUCAUUUUCAACAUUCCGUACAAUGUGUUCACAAACAUUGUUUGUGGGGACAAAGGACAGGUUUCAAGGAAUUACGGUUGAUUCUACAAAAGAGCCUUGUGAAAUAUUGGCUUUCCCGGACAUUUUAAAAGUUUUCUUUUUUAAUGUAGGAUCCCUAAACAAAUGGAGGGAAGACAAAGUAAGAGGGGUCUGGUUUAAAGUGGCAUUGGCAGAUUCUGGUUGGGUUCCUCACCUGGCUCAGAAUGGAUUCCGAUAUCAUCAUGCUCAAGCUUCAUAUGUCAUGAUGGUUGCCUGGUUGCCAGAAAAUGAAGUUUGUAACAUUCCACAAUAUGCGAGUACUAUGGUGGGUGUUGGUGCUAUUGUAAUGAAUGACAAGAGACAAAUAUUGGUAGUCAGUGAAAAGUACCGCCUUUUCCCACAUUGGAAACUUCCUGGAGGAUAUGUAGAGCCAGGAGAAGAAAUAGUUAAUGCGGCUGAAAGGGAAGUUCUAGAGGAAACGAGUGUCCGUGCAAAGUUCAAGCAAAUGAUUUGUUUCCGGCAUGUUCACAAUUUUACAUUUGGCUGUUCCGAUAUGUACUUCAUUGUGGCCUUGACGCCUGAACCAGGUCAAGAAGUGCUCAAGAAAUGUGACAGGGAGAUUGAUGCUGUUGAAUGGAUGAAUGUUGAAGAAUAUUUGAAUCACCCAAAUGUGCACUCUACCAACCGCUUUUUUGUUAGCAAGUUCUUAGAGUAUGAAGCCAGUGGUAUUUCAUUGACCUAUCAUGAAGAUACUCAUCAAAUACUCAAAAAGUCAUAUCUUGUGUACAGUCUCGAUUUAGGCCAGCAUAAAAAGAUGGACUCUCCAAAUGACACUAUAUCUCAAAGUAAUAAACAGUAACACUUAAAAAAUUACAAAAGAAAAGAUUCAAAUUUAAAAGCCUCUGUAUCAACAAACUGAUUUGAUCCAAAUCAUAGUGUGAGAAGAGUUGAUUGAAUCAAGAUAAGAAAAUGUUAAUCAAUGCUGGGUAAGUUCAUUGCAUAUUUGGGCAUUUGGGCUUAAAAUGACCUGGAAAAGGAAGGUAAUUGUGAUUUUAAACCGCUCAAGUGCUUUGGGAAAGUGCCAAAUGUUUGUAUAGCCCUCAUUCUUCAUGUGGUAAAAUAAAAUUGUCAAAUACACUUA